CCAACAAACUGCGGUCAUGGCAAGUACGGAAUCAUACUCUCCGAGCACACCCAGAGUCCGCCGUCUAUCCAAUGUGUCCGCGACUAGGGAGGAUAUGGUGAACGGGCCUAAUGUGGUUGUGCCACCAAAACACUUGAUGGCGAGCACGGCUGCUUAUGAAGCCGCUAAGGCCAUGGGAGUUGCUAAAUACCACCUGGAAGAAGAAAAUUCGUCGGCCGAGAUUACUCCAAGAGCUGUAUCGCCAGUCACUGGAGUCCCAGUUGUAGCAACCGAUAGGUAUGCUUUUGCUUUCGAUAUUGAUGGCGUACUUAUUCGCGGUGGGAAGCCUAUUCCAGCAGCGGUGGAAGCUUUAAAAGUUUUGAACGGAGACAAUGAGUAUGGGAUCAAAGUGCCGUAUAUCUUCGUUACAAACGGCGGAGGCAAGACUGAGGAAGAGCGAUGUCUUGAUCUUAGCCGGCAGCUUGAAUAUGAUGUUUCACCCGGUCAAUUCAUCUGUGGACACACACCCAUGAGAGAGAUGGCAGAGAAGUAUAAGACUGUCUUGGUUGUAGGUGGUGAAGGCGAAAAAUGCCGUAUCGUAGCUGAAGGCUAUGGUUUCCGCGACGUUGUGACGCCUGGUGAUAUCAUCAAGACAAACAAGGAUACCACCCCAUUCCGAAAGCUGACAGAGGAGGAAUAUAAGAAUUCUCGGGUCCGUGACUUCGACAAUUUAGUCAUCGAAGCUAUCUUUGUGUUUGCGGACAGCAGGGAUUGGGCCGGUGACCAACAAAUUAUUCUUGACCUGUGCAUGUCCAAGGGCGGCAAGAUAGGCACACGCUCAGAGACAUUCGAGGAGGGCCCGCCAGUUUAUUUCUCCCAUAAUGAUAUUGUCUGGUCGACAUCUCACGAGCAUACACGUAUCGGUAUGGGAGCCCUUCGAGCUUCUGUCGAAGCUCUCUUCAAAGCUGUCACCAGAAAGGAGUUGAAGACGAUUGCGUUCGGCAAACCCCAGCUUGGUACGUUCCAAUUUGCCACAAGGCUUCUACAACAAUGGCGAAAGGAAACCCAUGGCAUCAACUCCCCGCCGCAGACAGUGUACUUUGUUGGAGAUACCCCCGAAUCGGAUAUCCGUGGCACAAACGAGUACAACGAGUCUGACGUGAGCGAGACCCUCUGGUAUUCGAUACUGGUUGAAACAGGAGUCUUCGAACAAGGGACUACUCCACGAUAUGCACCCAAGAAGAUAGUCCAUAACGUCCUCGAUGCCGUGAACUUCGGUAUGAAGAGAGAGUUUGAAAGAGCUCUAGAGGAGACGGAACCUAAAAAGCCGGAGGCUAAGUAG